CUCCAGUGUGUUUUCGUGUAAGCGGACGCCGCAAGGAGCCGACGAAAUGCUUUGACUUGUUGAGCCAAAAAACCCUGACUAAUCUUCAGAUAAAGGAGAAGAAAGGAGGAAAAGUGCUGCACAGUCCGAGCGCUCUGCUCUUUAAGGCUGAUCCCUGCGGCGCUCGGUCGUCCUGACAGCUGGGGGACGCUGAAGGCACCAUGCCUGUGAACGUGGUGCUGGUCGGGCCGGCCCCCUGGGGGUUUCGACUGACCGGAGGAAAGGACUUCAACCAGCCACUGACCAUCUCCAGGAUCACUCCCGGCAGCAAGGCGUCCAACGCCAACUUGUGUCCCGGAGACGUGAUCGUGGCCAUCGAGGGAAUCCCGGCCGGAAACAUGUUGCACUGUGAAGCCCAGAACAUGAUAAAGGAGUCCACCGCUCAGCUCUGUCUGACUGUUGAAAGGAAUGAAUCCAGAAUGUGGUCCCCCCGAGUUGUGGAGGACGGUAAAGCUCUCCCCUAUAAGCUAAACCUGGAAGCUGAGCAGCAGGUAUACAGACCAAUUGGCGCUGCUCACAACCGCAAAGCUCAGCCCUUCGUGGCAGCGGCGAACAUCGACGACAAGCGUCAGGUCGUCAGUACUGCCUACAACACUCCCAUAGGCCUCUACUCGUCUGGCAACAUCCAGGACGCCAUGGAGGGACAGAUUCGGGGGCUGGUGCAUCAGAAACCAGCCAGCCCUCGGCCCUUGACCAAUAUCGAGGACUCUGAUGUGUACCGGAUGCUGCAGCGGGACCAGGACGACCCCAUGGAGCCUCGACAGUCCGGCUCAUUCAAAGCCCUGCAGGACUUCAUUGACAGCGAUGGCACUCGUCCCAUUGUGACUCGGACAGUGAAAGCCCCGACCACCAAGCCGAGUCAGCCGACAGGAAACCUGCAGAAGCUGCCCGUCUGUGACAAGUGUGGGAAUGGGAUUGUCGGGACAGUGGUGAAGGCCCGGGACAAAUACCGUCACCCCGGCUGCUUCGUGUGCUCCGACUGCGACGUCAACCUGAAACAGAAGGGCUACUUCUUUGUGGAGGGACAGCUGUACUGUGAGAGUCAUGCCCGUGCCAGAAUGCGACCACCCGAGGGCCACGACCUCAUCACAACGUUUCCCUCCGCAUAGAGACACACACACACACACACACUCACACACACACACACACACACACACACACACACACACACACACACACACACACACACACACACACACACACACACCUCCUGCGUUUGUUUUCAUGAGCACUCUGUGCUCUGUGUGCAAUAAUAUUUGAAUCAGGUCUCUCUGAAUUCAUCUGUCUGAUGUUUUGAUCUUGAAAUGACACAAAAAAAGACAUUUUGUUGGUAAUAACUGAGUCGGUCUGGUUUCUGAAGAGGCCGAGUGAUUUAAAAAAAGAAAGAAAGAAAAAAAAAAAGGCCCCAAGGCUUGCUGUAAUCUGCUGUAUUUCUAAUAAAGACUUCCAUUCAAGCUGUAUGAGUGUCUGAGGACUGGAGGGAUCAGCUGAGUGCCGGGAAACAGUGAAAAACAGUCUGAAUAAACAAAGAAAGCAUGCAGCACGCGCAUGGUAUACUGUCUACAGAUUGUUGUUUGGUGGGAAAAUUCUUCCUUGAAGGUCUGAAUGCAAAUGUUAAAACAGUCUUCAUUCACUGUGAUGUUUUGUAUUUGUUCAGUGUCAUUCAGCAGAUAAAUGAGUGUGUGAUUGGACGAUUGUGAUUGUUUCCAAUUUCUUUGAUUUUUUUUUGUGCAAGUUAUGGAUUGCUUUAACUUUAAAAUGCAAGUCUGAUGUGCA